UAAAAAAAUGUUUAAAUAUAAUUACUAUUGCUUUUUAUUGUUAACUAUUUUCAAUUGUAUAUAUUGUUUAAAUGCAAUUGCAAUUAAUAGCAAACAACAGCAAAAUCAAACACUUGACUUAUCGGAUAGUUUUAUUCAUAUAUGCGGCGGUUUGGAUGGGAUAUCAAUUUUAUCGGACUGUUAUUAUUAUAAUAUACACACAAAUCAAUGGCAAUCCAUACAAUCCAUGUCCACUCCAAGGGAUGACUUUAAUAUGAUUUCAUACGAUUCAAAAUUGUAUGCAAUCGGCGGCUAUAAUGGUAAUUAUUUGAAUAGCGUUGAAACAUAUGAUACUAAAACAAGUCAAUGGAAAUCAAUAGCAUCGAUGAAUAUAAUACGACACUACCAUGAUGUAACUGUACUUGAUAAUACAAUUUAUGUAUGCGGUGGUGAAUAUGGUAACGUUGUCUUCAAAUCGUGUGAAUAUUAUUUUAAGGCUAUCGAUGAAUGGCAUUUUGUAACAGCAAUGGCUACGGAAAGGCGUGGUCUGGCACUGGUAGCACACGAAGGCUAUCUGUAUGCUAUCGGUGGCGAUAAUGCUAACGAAUAUUUAAAUACAAUGGAAAGGUAUGAUACAGUUAGUCAACAAUGGCAACCAAUGGCUAAUAUGAAAUAUACUAGAUCCUAUUUUGCUGCCGUCUCAUAUUUGGAUAAAAUAUACGUUUGCGGCGGUUUUGGUAAUAGUGAUUGGAAAUCAUGCGAAACAUAUGAUCCGCAAACAAACCAAUGGACACCAAUUGCUUCAAUGUUAUCAGAAAGAGCUUCAUUGAAAUUAAUUGCAUUUGACGACAAAUUAUAUGCAUUGGGUGGACGAACAAUAGAUGAUCAUAUAUUAGAUACAGUUGAAAUGUACGAUUAUAAAUCAAAGCAAUGGUUGCCAACAACAUCAUUGCCAAAACAUAUUAAACAGUUUGGGGCAUCUGUUAUAACUAAAUUAUAAAUUAUUCAAUUGUAGCAGAUUAAUUAAAAAAUUAUGUUUACUCCUACAUUGUUAACACUAAAAUAUUCUGUAAAAUAUUAUUAUUAAUAAAAAUUAUUGUUCA